UAAAAAUGAAAAUUUGGAGUUCUCUCCUGCUUGCAUUGACUGUUCUCUGCGUGCUUGUGCAAGGAGCACGAGCAGACGACGAAAUUGAUGGAGGAAUUGUGCUUAGGAUCACAAAUCACUUCCUAGAUACCAUUAAAGAUCAGCUGAUUAAUGAGAUUUUCACUCAUUUCAGACCAACUGAUGAGACUUAUGCUGAUAGCUUUGACUUGGACUUAUUCAAAGUUUUCUAUAAUGUGUCUAAUAUAAAUCUGGCCAGCUUUGGAAUGGAUUACAGAAAGUCUACAAUCAAAUUCCAGGAAGAGAUGCCAAAUAUUGUAUUUGAUUUGGUAGAUUUAAGGACAAAUCUUGAUUUCGACUUUAAUCUCACUGCCAGACCAAAAUUCUAUGAUGAUGUUGGAAAAGGAGCAGUCCAUUUUGAAUUUGAUAAGUUCAGGAUUGGAUUAACUAUUACCCAGGUUAAUGGAGUGUUUCAAUUCGAGGUUAAGGAGAUCAACGCUCAACUAAGAAAAGAUGGAAGUGGAAGCUAUUUUGCAGGAACAGGAGAUAUCUCCUUUGUUCUGAACCAGGCAGCUACACUCUUCCAAGAUCAAUUGAUGGCAAAGCCAAACGAUACCAUUGGAAUGAUUUUAGGUUUAGUUAUCCCUCAAAUUAAUGGUGCUCUUGCUCAAAGCGGAUGCAAAGCUAACAUUGCAUCUUUAGCUUUCAACUGGUGUGCUGUUAAGCAACCAAUCUUCACAAAGGAUGACCUCGUACUUGUAUUCACCGGAGAGGUUACUCCUUCCGAAGGUACUGCAUUCCCAUAUCAAGAAAUGAGGAAGAUUCCUUACAAGUUUGAUCGAAGCUUGAAAGAUGUGUCUUUGUUCAUCUCUGAUUACACUCUAAACACAACUCUUUGGGCUGCUCAUAAAAAUGGAAUGAUGCAGUAUGACAUUAGAUCAAUGGGAGCUGCUGAAGAAGGAAAACCUGCUCCUCCAAUUCCAGCCUCAACUCUCUUCAUUCUCUUCCCAGAUCUUAGCAAGCAUGUUGAAAAGGAUACCCCUCUCAGCAUCGAAGUGAAGGCUUUAGAAGAAGUAGUCCCAGUAUUGAAAAUCGAAAACGGAGAGACUACAAUUGAGCUUGUUGUCUUAGUCAGCUUCGCCACUCUUGAUAAACAAGGCAGCAGAGAACCCUUCCUAGAGGUUAAAUCUAACUUGAAUGUUGCUGCUAACUUCAGAAUUGAUUCUCCAUUUACAUUCAAGACUGAUAUCAGCAAAAUGAGAUUCAGAGCAGACGAGCUCAGCCUGGAUAGGUUCGACAUCACCAAUGUAAGAGACUUAAACUCGAUCAUUGGAACAAUGUCAGGAUUCGCUAGAAAUUAUGCCAACAGAGUGUUGUCAGGAAUGAAGUUCAAAGAAUUUAAUCUAUCUUUUAUCAUCAUGAAUGUUGAGAAGACUGUCCUAAAGGAAAUGAACAGAUAUAUGUACGGAUCAAUGUCUCCAAGUUUUAAGGCUAACAACACUUUUGUACCCCUAGAGCCUCACCAAGUCAUUAGUAAGUUUGAAAUCAAACCAGUGACUUAUGAAGACAAAGUGAAUGCUAUGGCUGAAUUGCUCAAAUAUACUCCAUUAUACACCUCUAUCCAAGAAUAUAAAAAGAACCAUCACCUCUACGAAGCUCUUGGUAAUAUCGGAGGUGGAGGACUAGGAUUAAAGUUCAACCAGGACGACGAUAACGAUGCCUCAUUACCAAAAGAGAGAGGAGAGGAAUACAAAGAAGCUCAAGAAUAAUCUAAAUAAAUCGAUAAGUUCUUCUAGCC